AAAGCAAUGUGUGCUGGAAUUUGACUCGGGUGAUGCUCUCAACAGCGGGUUUCGUAUGCUUUUCGCUUGUGACCUAAAAGCUGCCGUUUUUCCCGUGCGGAGGUAAAAUGAGCAGCACGGAGAUCCAGAAUUCGGGAGAGGAGUCCUGCUUUCGCCUGGAGCACCUACCGGGCAAGAGUCCGCGCCUAGUGGGCAAGGCGUCUCCGCAGGUGAACAACCGCUGGGAUGCGCCUGAAGUGACGGCCAACGGGGUCCUUGACAUCGAGGAUCGGAUUUUACGAAUCACCGGUUAUUACGGCUAUAACCCCGGAUACUCCAGCCACAAAAGAGAGGAGGGCUCAGAAUCACAUGCAGAGACUCCAGUCAGUGAAACAAGUGGAAAUGGCACUGCAUACCAGACCUGCGCCAACACAGUGCUCAAGGUGCUGGGGGGUUUGCUGGUGGUGCUGUGUGUCUCCUCGUCCUGGGUGGGCACCACACAGGUGGUCCAGCUCACGUUCAAAUCCUUUUCCUGUCCCUUUUUCAUCACAUGGUUCAGCACCAACUGGAACAUUCUCUUCUUCCCACUCUACUAUUCUGGGCAUGUGGCCACCACCAGUGAAAAACGGACGCCCAUUCAGAAAUUCAGGGAAUGUAGUCGGUUGUUUGGGGAGGACGGAAUGUCUCUGAAGGUGUUUCUGAAGAGAACGGCGCCUUUCUCCAUCUUGUGGACGCUUACUAACUACCUGUACCUGUUAGCACUGAGAAAACUAACCGCUACAGACGUCUCAGCGCUCUACUGCAGCCACAAGGCCUUUGUCUUCCUCUUGUCGUGGAUUGUCCUCAAGGAUCGCUUCAUGGGUGUGCGGAUUGUGGCUGCCAUUAUGGCUAUCACAGGCAUUGUGAUGAUGGCUUAUGCUGAUGGUUUUCAUGGGGAUUCCUUUAUGGGUGUGGCCUUAGCAGUCGGCUCCGCCUCCACUUCUGCUCUUUACAAGGUGCUGUUUAAGAUGUUCCUCGGCAGUGCUAAUCUGGGCGAGGCUGCUCAUUUCUUCUCCACCAUGGGCUUUUUCAAUCUCAUCUUUAUCUCCUGCGUUCCCCUCAUCCUGUACUUCACCAGAGUGGAGCAUUGGGGUUCCCUCUCCUCUUUGCCCUGGGGUUACCUCUGUGGGGUGGCCGGCCUUUGGCUAGUAUUUAACAUCCUGGUCAAUGUAGGAGUGGUGCUCACGUAUCCUAUUCUCAUAUCCAUUGGGACGUUACUCAGUGUUCCAGGCAAUGCAGCUAUCGAUGUGCUGAAGCAUGAGGUCAUCUUCAGCGUGGUGCGUCUGGCUGCCACCUGCAUCAUCUGCCUGGGCUUCCUGCUGCUGCUGCUCCCUGAGGAGUGGGAUACGGUCACCCUGCGCUUCCUCACCACCCUGGCCGACAAGAAGACGGAGGAGCACGGCGAGGAGCUCACAGAAUCCAGCGUCCACACACGCAGCCGCAGUAGAGCCAACGGAGCCGUAUCCAUCCCCAUGGCAUGACCUUUGACCUGUGAAUGAACAGUCAGCGAUCAACACUGAUCCUCCCUGUGGCAGCCUUUAAGGGAUCUAGCAUUCUCUUCCCUGAGAAGAUACGCAUCCAUUCCAUAGAAAUGGACUUUCAGACUUUCGUCUCCCGCUGCACGACAAACCCUGCACCCCUGAGCCCCUCCGCUAGCCCCUUCCCAUGGAAUGUAUUCUGUGAAUAUAGACUCUGUCAGGGCCAGUUCGGCUCACUGUGUACACAUGAAUGCAUUCAGAGAUUGGAUAUAUAUGUAUAUGAUUAUUUGCAUUGUACGUAGUAGUAUAAUACAUGU